AUGGGCGUAUUUGGUACCUUUGGUGAGUGGCCUCCGCUCACUGGGCCCUAGAUUCGGUGCCAUGUUGUGGCAAAUUUGGCUUUUGUGUGUUGCGGCAGCGGCCGCGGUGUACGCGGACGAUGCUCCCGAAGACCGCAGCGGCUUUGCUGACGCUUCAGCAUUGGCUCUAGCCAAUGCUGGCUCUUUUACACCUAACGUUUUCCCUUAUGGACCAUCGCCAGCACCACUUCCACCACAACCGGUACCUGUGCCGCCGAUGCCAGUUCCAGUACCACCGAAUCCAUGGCCAGUACCACCAAAUCCAUGGCCGGUACCACCAAGUCCAUGGCCGGUACCACCAAAUCCAGAACCAAUCAUACCAGGCCAGGGUUGCACAAACGUCGGUGACUUGUUCUACGCGCGUACGGCGACUGACUGCUACAUAUGUGGGUGUUUCUCUUCGCCUUAUGGCGAACCGUACCCUAAAUGCGCACCGUGCGGAAAUUGUGGAAGUAAGAUUUUUUUUCGAGAUGACAUUUAAAAAAAAUCUAUUACA